AGGACUUUGACAGCAUUUCAAUCUUCUUUUUCCGCAUCAAGUGAGUUGUGAGCAGCAAUAGUUGAACUUCGGAUUCAGUCUGUUGAACUAUUGAACGAUUUCUUCGGGAGGGAAAAGUCGUUAUUCAACUGCUGAAGCUCUUUCAUAACGUCUAGUGCGAAGCUUCCAGCAGUUGUUGCAUCCAUCUCCGCGGAUUCAUCACGAUGGCCGAUCUUAAAAGUUGCUCGAUGGACGGAAGGACUGGUGCUAAGAACGAACAGCUCAAGUACGGAUCACACGCAGGUGGACAGGACUCGAAAGAACCGUGUGCAACAACCGCGGACGAUGUCGGUCCGGGUGUGCCAACGUCCCUUCUUUUCUCCCCGUCGUGGCACGACCAACUGGAAUGGCUCGGGCUCGACGGGCCAGCUCCGACCGACUACACGCAGAACCAGGUUUGCAGACUCAAGGUCGAGGUCGACUGGCGUCAGCACGGGCCACUGAUAGGGAGCCAAGGAUGGCGCGUACAGGGCAUCGCGAGCCACGCGGGGGCCUACGUACGUUUUCCGAGUUCUCGCGAAGGUGGUCUCGUUGACACGAACAAGCGGAACGAGACGACUAUUAUCGGUCCCCCGAAAUGCCUCGGUCGUGGACUGAUGAUUUUGCGAGAAAACUUCCCCUUCGCGGUGAUGAUACACUUGCCAGCCACCACGAAGAUGGAAUACUUAUGUCCGUCUCGCGAAGAUAUCCGGGAGUGGGGGGAAAUGUUCUCGGUUGACUUGUACGUCGCCUCCAGGAACCGGAUAUCCAUCAGGAAGCUGAAGGCCUGCAGCAACAACAUGCUCAUCAACGCUGUCUCUCUCAUUGGUAAUCUUAUCGACCCGGGAUGCACUUCUAUUCUUGAUCAAGCUCAAAUUGACGUAUUCAUCAACGCGAACCAUUCGCCCUUGAUUGCUUCGGAACUGGAGUCAAUCGCCAAAUGUUCGGGCGCCGAACUUCAGCUCCUCGAUGAAGUUGAAAUUUUCCAGCAGAGCCAGUCUUCGAGAGCAACAUCGUCGUCUCUUUCUGAAAGCGUCUCGGACGGUGCUGAGCCGCAGCCGUAUCAAGCUCUGGAUCAGAAGCACGAUGACGACGACCAGGAUGACGGGUACGUCGUUGGCAGGUUUCCCUGGGACAGGAAACCUGUGUUGGGGGAACGAGUCGUGCGGAUCAAGGGACACAUGCAAUGCGUGCUGACUGCGUACGAGUUGGUCGUGCAACAAUUCCCGGUGACGCUGGAGUUCACGACGCCGCCGGAUUACUGUUUGGACGUGGCCUGGCUGGACCAGCAGUUCGGCAACCGGGUCCAAGUCGUGUCCCAUGUUCGCAAAGCAGAUUUCAACAUAUUUGGGAAUACGUUGGAGCUUGCGCUGCAGGAGAAAGACGUGUACGCCGUGCUGCAAAUGGUGCACGGAAUCCUGUCUUUGGAAUGGCAACGGUAUAUGAACAUAUUGUGCGGCGGGACGAGGACUUUCUCCAUCGGGGACACAAACGCAUACUAUGCUUGCUUGCAGCCGUGGAGUCUGGGUAACUUCUCUGUCGACGGUCCUCGCAGCUGCAAUCGUAAUGCCCGUCAUUCUGAAGAAUUUGGACAUGAAUCAGUCCCGGAAGCGAAUGCGGACAUCUCAACGGGAAGUCACAGUUACGAGAGGAUGGAUUCGUCGUUCGAACCUGCCUACGGGGAUGGCGCAGAAAUUCACCGUCAAAACGGCAUUCCGUUUGUCCUACCACGAGUGUCCGAAUGGACCCCUGGUGUCGCGCAGGAGCAUGUGUACGCAGCCAACUCAGUGGGGAAUCAUCAGCAGCAGUUGGUCAACAUCUGCGGACAGCCGUGGCUUGUGCAGUCCACGUAUCAGCAAGGCGAGUCCCAAUUUUUGGGAACCAGCAUGACGAGUCCAUCCGGGGAGAACCAUCACGUGCAGUUUCUUUCCGUUCACAACCAAGUGAUGACGUUUCAACACUGCGUGAACCCGAACCUGGUGUUCGCCUAUGACCGGCAGCCGCGGAAUUUCCAUCAUCAUCAACAAAACGCGGGCUACCAUCGCGGUGGGAAUAACAGGCGACGCAAUUUCAACGGGUCUGGGGAUCGACAUUUCGGCGGCCAUCAAAGACACUUUCGUGACGGCAUGGGUCAUCGGAGGGUCAACAGCAUGGCCGUGGUUGGAGGUGGAGAGACGCAUGAUCGGGAUGCCUUGGCCAAAGAAAUCCAAGAAUCCCUUUUCUCCAACUCGUGGGGUGAUCUCCAUCCGACGCGGAGGAGUAAGUCACGAAAGGGCUCGUUCGGAAGCAGCUACAACACACCUUUUUUAAAGCAGACAUUGACUGUCAACAACCUGCUUCAUGCACAGAGAGCUUCUUCUGAAUCUCUGAAUCAUGAAACUCGCUCAACGGUUCAACCGGACGCGCCGUUUCACAACGUGAAGAUCUUGAAACGCGGCGAAGAUGCUGGGUUCAUCGGAUUGCGACGAGAUGAAGAGCACGACGAUUGCGCUCGAGCAUUUGACGCUUUUGACGCCAUUAGGGAGGCCAUGAACGGCGGUGGGGAGUUCUUGAGCGAAGGCGAUAACUUGCCUGAUGACGAGAGUAUGGUGAAGCCAGGAUUUUCUGCCAGUGAUCUUGGGGUCUCCGGGGGAAACAGGAAAAAGAAGAAAAAGUCCAAGCGCGGGAAACGUUUUGUUCAGGAUAUGAUGACUGAAUAACGGAGUGAUGAUGAUGUUUUCUUGGACGCCAUUUUGGAUGAUUCGCGCGAGAAAUUUGUCGACUGUGCGCCCCUUCCGCUUCAUCGUCACCCAGCUCUCCUUUUGCACCAGUUGUUUCUGUUGCGGGAACCAUUCACGUUUUGAAAGUCUUCUACUGCAGUUCAAAAUUUGAACACCUUUAUUUCUCCUUCAGGCUUAGAAUCCGUGUCUUCUUGGCGGGAUCAGAUCCAUUUUUGAAAUUCCGAUAUUUUAAAUGUAGCCUCCCUUCUUCUGUCCUUCAGCAUUUAAAUCCGCUGUUCUACAUCUGUUCUCCCGUCUUUCACCGAUAGCAACUCCUUUUUAGCGUAAAUUUUCAUGAGCUGAGGAUUAUUCCUGGAAGUUUAAUUCGAUGAAUUUCUUUCAUCAAUGUUAUUUUUUUCGAGAGAUAUUAGUGUACUUGCGAUUUUCCAGCAUGCUCUUCAUCUUCCCUUAUAUCUUGAAACCCGAAUCCCGAAAUUUUUACUCUAGCGAGACAUUCUUUCAAAAUGGUUGAUAUUCAAAAUUCAGCGAGUUUGAUAAAUU